UAGAUCCGAAAGAGUACAUGAGAGUCAUCAUUUGAGUGGAAAUCUGAGAAGCUGGAUAGGCAGAAAAUAGGACCUCUUCAUUACUCAAGAUUAAAAUGUAUAGGCCAGUACGGGCACCAUGGACCUCAAGAUGCCUGAAUCCCUAUGUUGUGUGUUUCAUUGCUGUUGCAGUGGUGGUAAUCCUGGCGGUGACCAUAGCACUGCUUGCCCACUUUUUAGCUUUUGAUCAGAAAUCUUACUUUUACCAUUGCAGUUUUCAAAUCCUCAAUGUUAAAUACAGUGAUGAGUUAAAUUCACCAGCUACACAGAAAUGUAGGAAUUUGAGUGAAAGUAUUGAAUCUAUGAUUACUAAAACAUUCAAAGAAUCAAAUUUAAGAAAUCAGUUCAUCAGAGCUCAUGUUGUCACAGUGAGGCAAGGUAGUAGUGGUGUGAUAGCAGAUGUUGUCAUGAAAUUUAAAUUCACUAGAAAUAACAAUGGAGCAUCAAUGAAAAGCAGAAUUGAGUCUGUUUUACGCCAAAUGUUGAGUAACUCUGGAAACUUGGAAAUGAGCCCUCCUACUGAAAUAAUGCCAAUUACUAGCCAGGAUACAAUAGAUUUUUUCACUAAAGAAUGUGGGGCCCGUCCGGACCUAAUAACACUGUCUGAGAGAAUCAUAGGAGGCACUAGGGCUGAGGAAGGAGACUGGCCGUGGCAAGUCAGUCUGCAGUUGAAUAACAUUCACCACUGCGGAGGCGUCCUGAUCAGUAACACGUGGAUCCUGACAGCAGCCCACUGCUUCAGAAGCAAUUCUGAUCCUCGUCAAUGGGCUGUCACAUUUGGUAUUUCCACAAGAUCUCCUAUACAGAGAAGAGGAAUAAGGAAUAUUAUAAUCCAUAAUGAUUAUAAACCUGCAACUCAUGAAAAUGAUAUUGCACUUGUACAACUUGACAGACCUGUCACCUUUACCAAAAAUAUCCGUAGGGUAUGUCUCCCAGAGGCUACCCAGAAUAUUCUACCUGGUUCCACUGCUUACAUAACAGGAUGGGGAUCUCAAAGCUAUGGCGGCAACACAGUAACAGAUCUACAGCAAGCACGGGUGGAAAUAAUAAGUAACAGUGCAUGUAAUGCACCUGAUAGUUAUAAUGGAGCAGUCUUGCCUGGAAUGAUAUGUGCUGGAGAACCUCAAGGUGGAGUAGAUGCAUGCCAGGGUGACUCCGGUGGCCCACUAGUUCAAGAAGAUUCACGGCAGAUUUGGUUCCUCGUGGGCAUAGUGAGCUGGGGGUAUGAAUGUGGUCUGCCGAAUAAGCCAGGAGUUUACACUCGAGUGACACCCUACCGUGACUGGAUAACCAAACACACUGGGAUCUAGUACAAUAAACGCAUCUCUCUUGAAAAGUCUGUACACAGAGGUACUUUACUAACAUUUCAAAACUUCACUUUUCAACUGCAAAAGAAACUGAAAGCACCCUAUUUUAACAUACUUUUACGUAAACAUAGUUUCCCAAACACUAGCUGAUCUUUCUUUAUGACUACAGAUUUUAGAUAUUCUCAAUAAAACUAUACACGUUACAUAGUACUGUGGCUGUGUGCCCAGAGAGACAUAGCAAGCUGGUUACCAAGGUAACAGUUCUUUUUCAGAUGGGUAAGUGCUGCUAAUAAGAAAAUAGGUACCUUAAGAGUGGUACUGAAAGAACCUGGACAAGUCUGGAGAGUCAGAGUCUUCUCUGAGGAGGUCUCACUGAAGCUGAUAAGUGAGCAAAAUGUAGAAACUUACAAAAGAAGAAGUGUUAGAAUAACAUUUAAGACAGAACAGCAUGAGGCAAGAAAAGAUACAAUCUUACAGUCAUCUUAGUUAUCCUGUAGGAACACAUGUCACAGGAACAGAUGGAUUUCAGGCAUGUAAGAUCAAACCAAAUAUAUUCACUCCUCAACUGGAACCCAAAGAACUAUAAAUAAUUUUUCUGAUGACUUUUAUUAAAAAUAUCCUUCACUUAUGUGAAGAAGAGAUUUCCUUUACAAAGAAACAGAUGAAAUAUACCCAUACUACCUUCCCAGGGAAUUUCCGACUACACAGUGCUUUUUAACAACCAAAUAAGAGUAAUUUUAAGAACUGAAGUUUACCAUUGGCAGUUAUUUUUGAGAGUAGAGUCCUUGACAGCUAAAUUCAAAUAAUGAAUUGAAAGUCAUAUGGAAAAAAAUGCAGAGUUGAUCUGCAAAGAGAAAGUUUUAAUAGCUUAACUUCAAAAUGUCUUAGAAAAGGAACUUUCUCCCUCUCUUUCCCUCUUACACAAUCUCUCUCUCUCUCACACACACACACUACCAAAGAACAUAAAUAAGAUUAUUAAAAUUUAAUGGCACAGCAAUUUAUGUAGCCUGAACCAUGAGUAUUAUUAAAUUUUUAUGGGAUCUUAGCAUAGCUAGAGCUUGGUCAUGAAUUAUCAUCUAUGUAUCAGUGCUUCCCUCUUCUAAAAGCUAACUCACAACACUUGGGCAUCAGAACUAUAUGCAUUGUGAUGAAAACUACUUGUAUUUCCUCAUGUACAACUGUGACAAGACCUACAUUAAAGUCAUUUACUUUUAAGUAAAAGAAAUUGAAAAUUUAAUCAACACUUGGUGAAAUAUACAAAUUGUUGGUGUACCUUAUUUCAAAUAAACUCUUUUAAAAUCA